GGACAGAAAGAAGAGAAGAAGAAGAAGAAGAAGAAGCUAGCCGUUGCGAACAUAAACAAAUGCUGGAAUACCGGCAACUAUACAAACAUGUCCAUCGUGUUUGUGCCAAAGAAACUUCGAGGAAAGGCGAAAAUCAACCAAGAGACAAUACAGAGGCUGCUGGAUGAAAACGACCAGCUGAUAAGAUGCAUUACAGAAUACCAGCAGAAAGGACGAGCAGUGGAGUGUGUGCAAUACCAGCAGAUCCUGCACCGCAACAUCGUCUACCUGGCAACCAUAGCUGAUGCUAGUCCUGACAACACACCUCCCGCUUCAAAUUCUACACCUAAUGAAACCUCCACCUCAACACCAGCUGUGAACGGCCAUAGAGGGACGUGAUGUUGGCAGUUCCUGUCCUUGGGUCUGGGAUGGGAUGUGACAUUUGUUUAGUUGUUGGUGAUUUUAACAGAAGGGAUUAUAUUUAUUACAUUCAGCACAAACUUGUUUUCAAUAAUUUAAAUCAUUGUAGGAUCGCUGUUCACAAUUUCAAUGUUCAUGUAGGCAAAUUUAGAAUAGAACACAUUCUAAAUAUGUUUUUGUAAUUCACUGGAGUGCACAUUAAAACACAUUCUCUAGUUGUGAAA